AUGUGCCACAUCACUUACCACCACUUCCCCGGCUGCGGCCAUAUCGCUAAUGUGACAGCAACCACCUGCCUAGAUUUUACACAUUACCUCCGAUCCCAGCCAGACCAAUUUAUCAAGUGCGAAGAUGCCGAGAUCCAGCACGAUCUUCUUGCUGACGAUCCCCAGGUUAAAUGCCGGCAGUGUAUUACCGACUCUUCUGUUACUGAAGCAGGUGCCAGCGAGCCCUCAAGCAGUGCCUACCAUCCCAUCGAAGGCUUAGACGCAAAUUCUCUUCCAUUCGAAUUCGCGGUCUGCGCAACCCGCCCACCGCUCAGAGAAGUUCAAGUUCCCCAGCAUCCCCUAUCAAACAGAAGUAUGUAUGCUGAUGACUUCGGGCGUGGAAUUUCUCCCGAAACAGAUUCGUCGGCUAGAUUGUUCUCGGUUGUGAGCGACAAUCAUGAUGUCGAGGAGCAGUAUAUGAGUGAUUCGUGCUCUGUUGUUUCUGGCGGUGGUCCUGAGCAUAGUGGUUCUCCUUUCUCAGAUGAGACUCAAGUCCUUCGCAGUGUGGAAUACUUUGCUGACUUGACUCCGCAGGUUAUACAAGGCCGGGUGCUGGUGAAUGUUAACUCGCCUCAUGAAUCGUCACUUAUUGUCGAUGAACGUACUUCUAGGUAUUGUGUCCGUACGUCCGAGCUAACAGAGAAUGUCGAGAAUGUUAAUUCUUUUUCGUCUUAUGAUGACCCUUCUAUUUCAUCUGCUGUGGAGAAAGUCUAG